CUGAGAGACAGGUAAACACACCUCAUCACUCUGGUCUUGUGUGUUUGUGUGUGUGUAGUUGUGUGUUUGUGUGGAGGUUGGACUCUCAGAUGACCAGCACCAUGAGAAAGAGGCGGGGCUUCAAAGUGAGCGCUGCACCUGAAAGCUGCAGCAUCAGACAGCAGAACAUCAGGAGAGAGACCUUCACCAGCGUGCCCUCGUCUCAGCUGUCUCAGCUGGACGAGGAGGAGGAGGCUGACAGCGGUACUCCAGCUAGACCGGACUCUGCUCAGGAUCCUCAGCUGCUUCAGACCAACGGGAAGCUGCCCAUGUGGUUCAGGAAACUGCAGGGGCAGGGCGGAGCCUCCUGUGCAGUCCAAUCAGAUGCAGAGCCUCAGCAGGUACGGAGUCGUUGGGCGGAGCAGCAGGACCCUGUGGUCAUCUGCUCCACCUUCUCCCCGAGCCCCACCAAGAGUCAGGAGGGAGAGGAGGAGGAGGAGGAAGAAGAGGAGGAGGACUUCCACCCUCAGAGUCUGGAGAGUCUUCUGGGAGACGAGGAGGAGGAGGAGGAGGAGGAGGAGGAGGAGGUGCAGCAGGAUCCAGGUGAGGAGGGGGGCACGUUCAUCCUCCACCCAAACACCAACAACACUACUGUGGACAGGGAUUUUGAUGUUGGAGGCGUGACAGACUCUCGGCGGUCUCUGACCAAGCUGGAGGUCACAGGUACGGGGGUGGAGCCUGUGUGGAGCAGCCAGCUGAGUCCGGACUCGGCCCUAUCUGAAGGUUCAGCAGGAAGUUUGGAGCAGCAGCACGACGCAGACACAGACUCUCUGAGUCAGAGCAGCUCUGUGGGCAGUCUGGUCCUGGAGGAGGACGAGGACAGGAACUGUCUGAAGAACCACUUUGAUACUCUGGCCUCCAGUCUGAACGACGAGAAGUUUGACACUGACCUGAGGACCGUGCAGCCUCCCGAGGAAAAACACUUCCUGAACCCCCGACUCAGCAUCUCCACCCGCUUCCUGUCCCGAUUCCAGGACAGGAUCAGGACGUGGCCGAGCCAGGCUCUUCCCCCGGUCUCCAUCCCAAGCAGGAUCUCAGAGGAGAGCAACAUCAGCAACACAUCGGUAAACUCUGAGUUGAGCAGCGAGGUCACUUCAACUGAUCCUAUUCAGAAAGAAAACAACGACAGUACAGCGAGAUCCAACCAGUCACCUCUCCGUCGUAGAGCCUCCUGCCGCCGAAUACGCCGACGACACACCGUUUUUGUCGUCCAAUGUGGAGAAAAGCUAGGAGAUGUCCCCUCCAGGACUCUGGUGACCCACAACAGCAGCGUGGUGUCUGCCGUCCAGCAGGGGGCGCCUCGCCUCGGGUACCUCGGAACCACAGCGAGCUCCAGAGCCAAACUGAUCCAAGACACCAUUGCCUCCUCCAACACCUCGUCUAACACCUCCUCCACCUCCUCCACCUCCUGUCAUGAGGAGGAGGAGGAGGAGAACCUGUCCUCCUCUUCAGACCUCCUGACUCAUCCCCACCUGAUAUCAGCUGGUGUGGACCUCCAGAGCAACACACCUGAACAAGACCUGCAGGUGUUGAGCACGCCCUCCCGUGUGAUGUCAGAGGGCGCGGUCGCCAGGUGGAGCGUUAGCAGCAUCGAAGAAACGCUGACAAAUAUAAACCAAACCCUCAUCCCAAGUCCCGCCCCCUCCAUUACCCUAACAGGCACACCCAGAGCUUGUGAUGUCAUCGCCUGCCCCGCUUUCAGACGGGAGGAGGGGUCAGGAGGGUCUGAGACUGAUCCAGGUAACACAGACAGAUCUUCAGGAGCUGACCUCCCGACCUCUUCCUCGUCUCCUCUGACUGACAGACCCCGCCUUCCCCAAACAGGUUCAGGUGAUGAAGAGUCGGUCAGUCUGCAGCAGUGUCAGCACGUCGCCAGUGAGCUGAGAGAGACGGCAAGACGAGCUGUACACCUGUACCAACAGCUCGGCGGGUCGGAGCAGCGUCUUCAGAUGUCGUGCGUCCUGCGGGAGGCGUUUGAUGUCGUUCACUCUGAGCUGCAGGCGGUGCUGCGGGGCGGAGAUGGGCGGGGCAGCGCCCCCUCUGGCCUCAUGGAGAGCGACGGGACGAUGUCUCUGCUGGAGAAGUACUCUGAGCUGCUGGUUCAGAUGACCCAGAACAAACUGAACCGAGUGUGAACCCCCUCACCCCCCCCACGCUGCAGGCUGUACGGAGGCUGAAAGAGGACAAACUUCCCUCCAGGCUCUUUCAUAAACAUCAGUAUUAAGUUUUAGCACCGUACGUUUGUUUUUAUGGAGCAGAUGUUUGAGAUCACGUGUUUGUACAGAAAGUGUUUUUAAUGUUCCUUAAUAAAAGUUUCAUGUUCAUCAAA